GAUGGUUGAUUCCUCACUCUCUCCAAUGACCUCCCGGCACAAAAGCCCGAAAGCUACGGACGGGCCACUCUCCGACGACCCAUUCUCUCUGGUGCCAGCAGCAUCUUUCAGCGCGCUGGCACAACUCUACCAACUUGUACGGCUUUGUGUAGGCGAUCAAUCUCGGCUCGCGCGUCUCCUUUCACACUCGCGACAAUCGGGCCUUGCACCAGCAGCUGCGGCACUAGUUGGCGGUGGAUACGCGCGUAGCUUCGCGGUCGUGGUGUUUGCUGUGCUGAUGAACCACGUUAGGAGGAUGCUCGCGCCCGCGCUGGGCGUGGGCGCGUUCGGGGGCCCCAUCGCGACUCUGAAACUCGCUGUGGGCAGUCCAGCGCUUUUCCUCAAGGAGGAGAUUGAAGUUGGCUUCUUUGGAAGGGUGUUUACGUCUGAAGGGGUGUGGAAACUUCUCGGAGAUGUGAUUGGGACUACCAUUUUGCAGCGUGUCUUGGUCGGCGCUGCUGCAGAACUGGGCUCGAUCAACGGAAACACCCAUGUCAGGCCAGAAGAUCCAAACACAAGCAGGAGAGGGGUGGGUGUAGAUGGGGUUCGGGUUAGGGCGAUUGAGAAGCGGAAGACUGCCGCGCUUGUCGCCUAUCUGGUCUGGAUUCUGGGAUGUGCCGAGUAUCUCCACGCGAGGGUGGCACAUGUUGUGGCUGUCGGCAUUGCGUACUCUAAGCUCUUACGAGGCGGGCUACUGCACAGACAGGCUUUAUGGGGGGUUCUUCUCCCCUUCACGUCGCCCGAUUGUUCGUCGCUCAUCAAGAGUGUUAGGGAGAGUCUUAGUGUCGUUGGGUUGCAUCUCGAGCUGGCAUGCUUCAUUGCCUGGGGCCUCUAUCCGUUACUCAGACUCGCCACUGGCUCUACGCUCAAGGUGGAUCUGAAGAAGAGCAGACCUGAAUUGGCGAUGCUGAUUGCUGCCUGGACGUGGGGGACUGGGUUCGUGACGAGGUACUCGAAUAAGUACUACAUUGGUUUGGAGAUGAGCGGACUCCUGUUCGUGAUGUGGUGGAUAUCUGCCAUCGGAGUACUUCUUGGUCUUCACUUUUUCUAUUCUAAGUUCAUGCGGACCAAAAAAGAGCUCGACUGAGAAGUAGCAGAAACAAGAGUCAAUAACCUCUCUUGCAACCACUUUCGGGCGCCUUAAUCGUAUAAGAGCUUCCUGUGCACUGAAGCCAUAGCAUUUGACGAGGU